AUGGAGAGACACCGUCCACGGAUGCAAGUCCAGUUCCCUUGCAAUAAUUGCAUCAAAACUCAAUCGCAUUGCGAGCCAGCCACGUUAGCCCCGCGCCGAAGACGACGCAAAAUCCCGCCGCCAGACUUGGUGGAUCAGCUGCGCAUUUACGAGAGCCUGCUUCAGGCAAACAAUAUCAAAUUCGAUCACUUGCGCAAAUAUAAAAUUUCGGGGAAUGAUUCUCCAGUUGUGGAGGAUGCAGAUUACUUAUAUCAGGGGAAUGAGCGUGUGGAUAGUCCGAGCCCCGCAGCAAGAGCAGAUUCGGAAACAGUUUACGAGGCGAAGCUUUGCCACCUCUAUAUUGAAAAUGUCAAUCCUCUCCUGCAAGUCGUACAUGCUCCCAGCCUCCAGAGUCGCAUCAUAGAAGCAGCGGGCAACGUGUCGAACAUUGAACCGAACUUUGAAGCUCUCAUGUUUAGUAUCUACAGCAUGGCAGUAGUAAGUUUGACAAAUGAAGAGUGUAUUAAUCUGUUUAGCACAACAAGAAGUAUUCUUCUCCAGCAAUAUCAUCGUGGCUCUCAAGAAGCCCUUCUCAAUGCUCGCUUUCUACGGACAGACGAUCGGAAUUGUUUAACUGCUCUGUUUCUCCAUCUGCUCUCGAUAAGACCAAAGAUGGAUCCUCGCUCUGUCUCAUCCAUGCUUGGAAUUGCACUACGCACAGCACAGCGCAUGGGGCUUGAUAAUGAAUCGAACUUAGCCAAGUGUGACAUUGUCGAGGCCGAGAUGCGUCGACGUCUAUGGUGGGCUUUAGUUCUAUUCGACACCCGCAUUUGCGAAUUGAUUGACACUAAAAAGACGGCGCUGACUCCUAUGUGGGACUGCCGCAUUCCUCUCAAUGUCAAUGAGUCUGAGCUCCGAACCGGACUGAGAGAGAUACCCAGAACUCAAACGAGGAUCAGCGACUCCAUUUUUGUCGUCGUCCGUGGCGUGAUUGCAGAUUUCAUUAGACACUCCUCUUUCUAUCUUAACUUUACCAACCCGGCCAUGAACGCUGCAACGAAGACUGCUAGCACCAAGUCCAACAUGGAUGGCGGUGAGGUUGACGCCUUCGAAAAAGAGUUGGAAGAAAAAUAUCUCCAGUUUUGCGAUGCAGAGAACCCGCUACAGUUUAUGACCUUAUGGACCGCACGGGGUUACAUCGCCAGAUAUCGCAUCAUAGAGCGGCUUUCACUGCUGAAUGGCCCAGUUGGAGACUCCCAGCGUGACGCUCUAGGCCUGAUGGCAGUGGACAUGAUCACUUGUGAUAGUAACAUCAUGACCUCGUCCAUCGUCAAAGGCUUUCUCUGGCUGAUUCAAAUGUACCAUUUCCCAUUUACUGCAUAUAUACAGCUUUUGCAAGACCUGAAACGACGUCCUAUAAGCAGUAUUGCGGCGCAGGCUUGGUCAAAAAUCGACGAGAAUUAUACGGCUCGCCUCCUGUUUCAAGAAAAUGCAAAAAGCCCUUUCUACCAAAUGGUAUCUAGAAUGAUACUUCAGUCCUGGGAUGCUCGACAAUUAGCACUAAACGACCAGGUUCAGCUUGUGACUACACCAGGCAUAGUGUCAUAUCUUCAAAACAAUACUGGUUUAUGGCAGAUAGAGAAUGCGAAAUCUCUUGAUAAAGCCAUGGGAAAUAUGUCUAUAUCAAUGGCAAAUUCUACCAACUUGAAUAACACUACAGCGGAGAACUUCCCUAUUAACAUGCUGGAUAUGGGUUUCGACGACAUAUACACGUACUCUUUCAUGGACCUUGACCCUAAUCAGUCACACUGGCUUAGUACAGAUUGGGCUCAGUUAAACACACAAACCCUUUCGGCUCCGGUUCCUCGGAGAGGAAGCAGCCACCGGUAA